AGAAUACCUAUUCAUUGUAAUGAGCCUCUUGACUGGUAAAAUUAAAACUUUAUUUUAUUAACAAAAACAUUUCUUGAUAACGUCCAGAUAUGGACGGAAAUGAUACAGUACCAGUCAUUAAAAUCGAACCAAAACAAGAAGAAAUCGAUUCUGAUCUUCAAGGUAACAUUUUAGUAAGCAAUGAAGCACUGGUUACAAUAAAAGAUGAAAUUACCAUCACUGCACAGUGCUCCAAAUCGCUCGAUGAUGAAGUACCACAACAAACUGAUUGUGGUUGGAACACUCAAAUUUCUUUGAAUGUGACUUCGGUCAAGAUGCAACAAAUAAAAUGUGCUCACUGUGAUUAUGGUACAAAUAACAAAGACUACUUUCAACGACACCUUUUAAAACAUACCGAUUCUAAACGUUUUAAAUGUGUUAUUUGUGAUUUCAAGACUAAUUACAGAACCAGCAUUAAACGACACCUUUUAAAACAUAAUGAUUCUAAAGCUUUUAAAUGUGCUAAUUGUGAUUACGGAACAAAUACCAAAGACUGCUUUACAACACACCUUUUAAAACAUACCGAUUCUAAAAUCUUUAAAUGUGCUAUUUGCCAUUUCGAGACAAAUUACAAACUCAGCUUUAAACGGCACCUUUUAAAACAUAAUGAUUCUAAAGCUUUUAAAUGUGCUAAUUGUGAUUACGAAACAAAUAACAAAUACCACUUACAACAACAUGUUUUAAAACAUGCUAAUUAUAAAGAUUGUAAAUGUGGUAAUUGUGAUUACGGAACAAAUAAUAAAAACUGCUUUACAUCACACCUUUUAAAACAUACCGAUUCUAAAAUAUUUAAAUGUGCUAUUUGCGAUUUUGAGACAAAUUACAAACUCAGCAUUAAACGGCACCUUUUAAAUCAUAGUGAUUCUAGAGCUUUUAAAUGUGCUAAUUGUUAUUACGAAACAAAUAACAAAUACCAUUUACAACAACAUGUUUUAAAACAUGCCGAUUCUAAAUAUUUUAAAUGUGACACUUGUGAUUACAAAACUUAUAACAAAUAUCUCUUAAAAAUUCACCUGUUAAAGCAUGGCGAUUCUAAAGGUUUUAAAUGUACGAAUUGUGAGUUCGAAACAAAUUACAAAACCCAUUUUAAACAACACCUCUUAAAACAUACCGAUUCCAAAAUUUUUAAAUGUGCUAAAUGUAAUUAUAAGACAUAUAACAAAAGCAACGUUAAACAACACCUUUUAAAACAUACCGAUUCUAAAGGUUUUAAAUGUGCUAAAUGUAAUUAUAAGACAUAUAACAAAAGCAACUUUAAACAACACUUUUUAAAACAUACCGAUUUUAAAGUUUUUAAAUGUACGAAUUGUGAGUACGAAACAAAUAACAAAUACUACUUUAAACAACACUUCUUAAAACAUACUGAUUCUAAAGGUUUUAAAUGUGCUAAAUGUAAUUACGAGACAUAUAGCAAAAUAAACUUUAAAAAUCAUCUUUUAAAACAUGCCAAUGCUAAAGAUUUUAAAUAUGAUAUUUGUGAUUUCGAGACAAAUUACAAACCCAACUUUAAACAACACCUGUUAAGACAUACUGAUUCUAAAGAUUUUAAAUGUGCUAUUUGCGCUUUCGAAACAAAUUACAAAGCUUGCUUUAAACGACACCUUUUAAAACAUACGGAUUCUAAAAAUUUUAAAUGUGGAAAUUGCGAUUAUAAAACAAAUUACAAAUACCACCUGAAACAACACCUUUUAACGCAUGCCCUUUCUAAAAUUUUUAAAUGUACUAUGUGUGAUUUCGAGACAAAUUACAAACACAGCUUUAAACAACACCGUUUGAAACACACCAAUCCUAAAGAUUUGCAAUGUGCUAUUUGUGAUUUCGAGACAAAUUACAAACACAGCUUUAAACGACACCUUUUAAAACAUACUGAUUUUAAAGAUUUUAAAUGUGAUAUUUGUGAUUUCGAGACAAAUUACAAACACAGCUUUAAACGACACCUUUUAAAACAUACUGAUUCUAAAGAUUUUAAAUGUGCUAAAUGUGAUUACGAGACAUAUAACAAAAACAACCUCAAACUGCACCUCUUAAAACAUACCGAUUCUGAAAGUUUUAAAUGUGCUCAUUGUGCUUACAAGACAAGUAACAAACGCUACUUAAAACGACACGUUUUGCGACAUAGUUUCUAAAGUAUUUAAAUGUGCUAAUUGUGAUUAUGAGAGUAGUAACAAAUACUACUUUAAGCGACACCUUUUAAAACAUUCCAAUUCAUUGCAAUUAUGAGACAUACGAUAAAUUCAAA